GAUCGUUCAAAAUGGUAGACGAAUACGAUAAAACAAUUUUUGAAUUUUGCACGUUUAAAGCAGGAAUGUAACAUUUGUAUGAUCCUCACGAACUCGAGAAUAAUCCAAGAAUGUGAAUUCUAAGAAGUUACACAGGAUCUCUGCAAUGGUACAUGAGAUUGAAAAUUUCUUUGGUUGUUACUUGCUUUAUUGCAAGAAUCCAAAAUAUAAAGGCCAUACAUACAUAGGAUUCACUGUAGACCCAAAUAGGCGCAUAAAGCAGCAUAACACAGGAAAACAUGCUGGAGGAGCUUGGAAGACAAGUGGCAGGGGACCUUGGGAUAUGGCUCUGAUUGUGCAUGGUUUCCCUAAUGAAAUCUCAGCCCUUCGUUUUGAAUGGGCGUGGCAAAAUCCCAAAAAAUCUAGAAGGCUUCAUCACGUUGCUGGAAAAACAUCAAAAGAGACUGCAUUUAAAUACAGAUUCAGAGUAAUGUGUCAAAUGGUGCGUACCAGUCCAUGGUGUAGACUACCCCUUACCAUACGCUGGUUAAUACAGGACUAUCAGAUUGAGUUUGACCCUAAAUUCAGCCCACCUAUACAUAUGGCUAUAGCCUAUGGACCUGUUAAGAGCAAGAAAGUGAAACAGUCUCAAUCAUCUCAGAAAGAUGUCACUAGUGACAAUGAUGAAGGUGGAGUAAUUGAGGCUAUGUCUUCAAGUGAUAGGCAUAUUAGGUGCUCAGUUUGUAAUAAGAGACUUGGGGAGACCACAGAUAGGCUUAAAUGUAUUGCCCCAACAUGUGCAAUGCAAGGCCACACCCAAUGUCUGGCUAGGCAUUUCCUAAAAGACUCUGAUGGUGAAAUGCUUCCUGUAGAGGGGAGAUGCCCUAAGUGUGCCAGCCCUCUACUAUGGGGAGAUCUUAUACGCCACAAAGCAGGGUGUUAUCAAUCCAUAAAACAGGUUGAAUCUGAUGAUGAUCAUUGGGGAGAUGAGCUCCAAACUCAAUUUUGACUGAUUGUCUGAUAAUGAUCAAAGUGGAGAUUAGCUACAGAGUCAAUGUUGACUGAUUGUCUGAUAAAGAUCAAAGUGGAG